UUGCCAGACCUAUCUCUAUGAUCGUGCGACAGCUAUUGAGUCAUUUGUUUUGCUUGAAAAUAUUUUGAAAUGUUACAAGCAGAAUGAACGCUCCAGCAACAUUUGACUCAUUUCUUCUCUAUGAUGGAGAAAAGAAAAUCAUCAAAGAGCAGGAUACCAAAGUUCCUAAUGCUGCCAUUUUCACAAUAAACAAAGAAGAUCACACACUGGGUAACAUGAUCAGGAACCAGCUGUUGAAGGACCCCAGUGUGCUGUUUGCCGGGUACAAAGUACCGCACCCGCUGGAGCACAAGUUCAUCCUGCGCAUCCAGACCACGUCCGACUACACACCACAGGACGCCCUCAACAACGCUAUCACAGACCUGCUCUCCGAGUUGUCUCUGUUUGAAGAGAGGUUCAAGGAAGCAAUCAAGGAGAAGAAAGAAGGCUUGGACUAAUUGGUAGAGUGAAUGUAAAUACUACCCAAUAUUAUUUUAUGAAUCUGUGUCCUAGGAAAGAAAUGUUACAGUGUUAAGUAACUGUUGAAUGUUCACUAAGUCAGACCUUGUAUUUUGAAACAGAUUUUAUUGUAAUGUGAAUAAUACUGCUCUGUUUUUAAUUUUACCUUUUGUAUGUAUAGAUAAUAGUUGUAAUCUUUCAUAAUAAAUCAUUGUCCAUGAAAAA